UCAAAAGUAUAAGAUAUAAACAUAUCUCUAUCUUUAGUGGAAAAAUGAUCAUUGAUAAAAAUCUUUAGUAUAUUGAAACCCUACCUGGCAGUCCUCAACCCUUACAUCUCGCGAGAUCUCCCGAGAUGUCAUUGAAAUUCAAAAUGGCCACCCAUCAGGACCUCCCUCCAAGAAACCUGCCUCCCCUUCCCGGUCCAAGCACAAUCACCGAUGGACCAGAUCUCUUGGCAACCACCACCAAGAAAAAGAAAAGAUUGUCUGCAGGAAUUACCGGGAGUGAUUCCCAGCUGUCGUCCUCUGCGUUGGCGUCUCGGGGCGGGGUAGACGGGGUGGAGGAUGGAGCGUCAGCUAACGGCAGCGUGGACAACGUCUGGGAGCCACAACAGGACCGACAGGAGAGAAAGGCCAGGCAGAGGAAGAAGAGACAAUCCAGAAAUGUGGAGGAGGAAGGUGCUGGUACUGACCUGUCAGAAAAGAGCAAGAGACAAAGCAAAGCUUUGGAUGAUGAGGAGGGGAAAGACAAGGUGGCGGUCUCUCCUCGGCAAAGGCGGCGGCACCACAGAGGCAGACGAGGGGAGAACACCAGAAAUCCUGCAGCCUCUCCUAAAACGAAGCGUAACGUUUCUCGCCAGGGUGUUACCACCUUCCUCACACAAACCAGUGAGAGUAGUGGAGUCACUCCCUCCCCUCGUACUGCCAGGAAGGCCCAGAUUAAGUGUAAGCUACAUGCACAUUUUCACAAAUCAGAAAUGUGUCACAUGCACAUUUUCAUAAACAAACAUAUCAUAAGCCAUGAAGACUUUUUCAUGAGUGAAUCAUGUAUUUAUGUCAGUCAUUCUGUGUUGAACUUCUUUACAACCAGGGGUACCACAAGGGUCAGUCUUGGGUCCCCUGGUAUCACUAUUUACUAG